CAGAACAAGCACAGUGAGCCGUUAAUAGCCACUACGAUGGAGAAGUGUUGGGAGCCAUACGUUGAAAUGAUAGGCUCAUCCGAAAUCUCAUCCGUUUUCUUCUAAGCGCAGCGACUCUAUCACCUCCUCUCCCUCCAUGGCGCACUCCCAUCACCACAAUCUCUCACUCCACUCCCUUUCUUCCCUUUCUCAUCUCUGAGGUCACUUCUCUCCCGCUUUUCUCGUCCUUACCUCCCUCUCCCUCCGCCGGCCCUUCAUGGCUUCGGCUACUCUCCUGGUAGCCAAUGCCUCUCUCCAGGGGAACAGCAAGGGGUUCUCGGAGUUCUCUGGGUUAAGGGGCUCCGCGGCUCUGCCUUUCUCCAAGAGGGCUUUUUCAUCUGAAGAUUUCGUCUCUGUCAUUGCCUUCAAGACUGCUGCUGCAGGGGAGAGAGCCGCUGGGGUUCAGAAUAAGGGAGUGGUGGAAGCGAAGCUGAAGGUGGCCAUCAAUGGCUUCGGCCGCAUCGGGCGCAACUUCCUUCGAUGCUGGCACGGGAGGAAGGAUUCCCCACUAGAUAUAGUGGCCAUCAACGAUACCGGCGGCGUGAAGCAAGCCUCUCACCUCCUCAAGUACGACUCCACCCUCGGCAUCUUCGACGCCGACGUUAAGCCUGCCGGAGAUCGUGCAAUAUCCGUCGAUGGAAAGAUAAUCCAGGUCGUCACGGAUCGCAACCCUGCUAAUCUGCCAUGGAAGAAUCUCGGCAUCGAUCUGGUUAUCGAGGGCACCGGCGUGUUUGUCGACCGGGAGGGGGCAGGUAAGCACAUCCAGGCUGGUGCGAAGAAGGUUCUGAUCACUGCUCCUGGAAAGGGUGAUAUCCCCACUUAUGUUGUCGGAGUCAAUGCCGAUGCUUACAACCCCGAUGAGCCAAUCAUCAGCAACGCCUCCUGCACGACUAAUUGCCUCGCUCCUUUCGUCAAGGUCCUUGAUCAGAAGUUCGGUAUCAUCAAAGGAACCAUGACAACUACUCACUCCUACACUGGUGACCAGAGGUUGCUGGAUGCCAGCCACCGCGACCUCCGUCGUGCUCGUGCCGCCGCCCUUAACAUCGUCCCAACUUCCACUGGUGCUGCUAAAGCCGUGGCCCUCGUGCUCCCCACCCUGAAAGGCAAACUAAAUGGGAUAGCCCUUCGAGUACCCACCCCAAACGUCUCUGUCGUUGACCUUGUCGUUCAGGUUAGUAAAAAGACAUUUGCCGAGGAGGUCAAUGCCGCUUUCAGGGACAUUGCGGAGAAGGAGCUGAAGGGCAUCCUCUCUGUUUGCGACGAACCGCUUGUGUCCGUCGACUUCCGGUGCUCCGACGUGUCGUCGACCGUUGAUGCUUCUUUAACUAUGGUGAUGGGUGAUGAUAUGGUCAAAGUGAUUGCGUGGUAUGAUAAUGAAUGGGGUUAUUCACAGAGGGUUGUAGAUUUGGCUCAUAUUGUUGCUGACAAGUGGAAGUAGUAGUCUUAGGCGUUAAAAUGUAAAUUUUUUCCUUGUUUUUGGUUUUUGUUCUUCUCUUGGAAGUUUUUUUUUUUUCUUUUUGUUUUCCGCAGUACUGAGAAUUGUAAUGAGGUAUUGGAUCUUUUUGGGUUUUAUAUGGAGUGUAAAACCUCUAUUUGAUUUACAUUAAGGAGACGUUUGUGUCUCUUCGUUA